GCAAGAUUCAGAAGAAAAACAAAUUUCCGUAUCCUGACACCACUUGUUCACUCAUUUUUUUACAUGGGGGAACGUCUCAUUUUUAGAGUAAAUUAGAUACUUUAUUAUUCAUAACGAAUGAAAAAGUGGUGGCUGUAAUGAAUAUGAAAACUUUUAAAGAUUCUGCCCCAGCUCAAAACAUCAAUAAAGUUAUGAUAAUUUUCUGGAAGCACCCCCUCUGUAGACGGCAGAGUGCCAACUCACAUGUGACAUUUCACGCCAUGCGUGCUGGGUGAUGUGCUACUUUAUUACUACUAACUCUAGCUAGCUGCGAAUGGUCUGCGAAUGAUACGUGCUUGAUCGUGAAAAAAAUAAAAAGGUUAUUUCUUGAAGUGUUUCGGUGGAUCAAAGGCAGCAAUGUUUCAUCGAUUUAGGAACUGUGGUUGUACCUUGCUGAGGUCCUGCUUCAGUAAAAGCAGAAACGGAAAGCUGCAUCAAUCCACCUUGCAGGACUCAUCCUUUCAGUGUUCACUCAGAGCAGUUUCAAGCUUUUAUCUCCCGACUUGGCAAAUUCAAAAACCUUUGAAGCUGUCAGGGCUUUUGCCAUCUUUGAUUAGAACUCAACUUUGUAAAUGCAGCACAGUUGCUGGUCAUUUAGAGACAGACAGUAUUGAAAAUACAGACGAUGAUAAAUGUACUGUAGUUAACGACCAGAAAAAUGGGGAGUCGGCACAGAUGCAGGCGGCUAGAUUAGAUCUUGAAAUGAUGAGAAACGCCGGCCGCCUCGUCCCAGAAAAAAUAAGCGAUGCGGAUUUGGAAUACUACAGUUCAAUGUCAUCAAAAAAUAGCCGUAAACGUUUUGCAGUUUUCCUCGCACGGAAGGAACAGACCCGUCUUAGGGAGAAAGAGAAACGGCGGAAACUGAGGGAGGAGAGAGAGCUGGAGUUUCCGACUCAGGAGCCAGAUUUAAGCGAACCUAUGUUGAAUCGGAUUUUGGUCCGGCUCCAACCGAACAACAUGCUCCAAUUUGAGAACUGGCGUCUCGCGGCAGGUAUGAAGUUCGGCCCAAAGAUUGCUUAUGACUUCAGCUACGAUGAACAUAUGAAACGACCGGAGAUUAUAAGUCUGGUGAAGCAGAUGAUGCAUUCGAUCGGUGCAAACAAGCUCGCUAAGGAUCCGUUCGACAUCCACUGGGUCGGACUGAAAGAUGACAGCAUGUCUAUGCGGGAGAUGCGGAGGAUGUUUGGCAGUGAACAUUUCCAGAACCUUAUGGUCACCACAACUGAACGUGAAGUCCAAGAUGUCUUCCCAGUUGAAGAUAUAGUGUAUCUCACAUCUGACUCUCCAAAUAUCUUGCGAGCGUACGACCCGAACAAAGUGUAUGUACUCGGUGGUUUAGUCGAUAGUCACAAAGUCCUCAAAGGUGUUUCCUUUGCUAAGGUUAAACGUCUCAACCUCAAUCAUGCUCGUUUGCCUCUUGACCUCUUCCUUAAGUGGGGUACAGGAGGCAAGAACCUUACCCUGGAUCAAAUGAUUCAAAUCCUAAUUGAGCUGAACACCUCUGGAGACUGGACCAAAGCGCUGAGUUAUGUCCCAACUCGCAAACAUGAAGGACUUAAAUCGGAACAGCCAAAAUAUUUCACCAAAACCACUCAUCAGAAUGCAGACAGUAAAAUGCCCAAAGACAGAUCACAUCAGCCAUCGGCAAAGUAUUCUUUCAGUCGUGCUAAGCAUUCGCGCAAUUGGCCAACACUUGAUGAACCACCCUUUCAGAGGUCAAAGAAGGUCAUUAAAAAUCCCUCAAGGCAAAGGGAGAACCAAGUCGCUCCAAAUGCUGAAGAGAAAAACUAAAGUUUAAGAGAGUGUCAGUGAAGCAGCUAGACCCUGCUUACAUGAUCUUGGACCCAAGGUUUUUUUGGGUCAGGAUUUGGUAAAAUGGUGUCCACAUUGCGUCAUCAACCGCCAUAUUUGAUGAUAAGCAAUGCAAAAGUGCAUAUCGUGGUUUAUAUUGAUAUCCAAAAUAUUUUAAUUCAAUUCGAGACCUCAGCUGAGGUCUAAAUUGAAGCAUGCACACAACUUGUGUGUCAAGGGUGUUUUUUCUUGCAAAGUGCUAGGAUGUUUUAGAACAAAAUCAAAGAUGGCCCAAAGUAAAAACCAAUCUAUCAAACAAGUCGGUCUUUAGCAAUUUCUUGAACAAUUCAAGUGAGUUUGUUUUUCUGCAGCUAUCAGGAAGUUAAUUGCACAGAUCAGGGCCCUCAUUGGAGGAGGCUUGGUCUCCUGUUAUAAAACGGAUAAAAGAAGUUGGCGCCUACAUGUAAUAUUUAAGAGAACGUCUUCCCAACGGUAUAAUUAUACAGUUUACUUGGUUAGUUUUUGCCUGUCGGUAAAUAACGAAUGUUUAUUGCUAAUGCAACAAUAAGUGCUACUGGGCAGGAAAAGUGUUUAAGGUUGCGUUUGUUUAGCUUCCCCGGGUCGACCCCGGUGUGUGGCGGGUUUUUUUCCAGGACGAAGGUGUGCAGAUAGUUACCCACGUUCGUUCUGGAAGAAAAGAACGCCACACACCGGGGUCGACCCAGGGAAGCUAAACGAACGCACCCUAUAUGUGUAACCAGCAAGGUGGAUAUGGGUUCAAAAUAACGUGUAUCUUCACUGUAGACUUCUGUACAUUGUAAUACAUGUUACAUGUAGUUAUUUCUUGUCUUUUUUCAUUCAAUGUUCACGAUGACAUCAAUGAGUUUAGGUCUGUUACUCUGUGAACCAGGGCCCAUUGUCAUGAAGCUGUUUAAUGGCUGGUUUUGCACUUACUGCGCAUGUUUCCAUGUCAUAGCGCUGCUUCUUUUUACUAAGGGAAUAAAAGGGUAGCGACAAGUCUGGGCAAGGGCCUUUAUCGCACAGCAACGACCCUGCAAGGUUUUAAAUGUACGUUAAUGAAUGACAACAAAUUAAAACCAUAGUGAAUGCGCAAGCUGGCUGCUUGUUUUUUUUUUAGCUAAACUGAAACACUAACCAGUGAAAUAAGCUUUCUGCUUUAGUUAGCACAAGAUUACGCUUACCAUUAAGUAGUGUUGUGAAAUUAGCCCAAGUUGCUUAGCUAUCUAAAAUACAAUAAAAUGCUUCAAUUGUGUGACCGGCCUGUGAUAAAUUAAAGAUGUUCUUUUCGCCCCUUAAAUGCUAUUAUUUUGUAAUUUUGCAAAAACUAAAGAAAUAAAUAAAUUUUAGUUCAAAGGAUUAUAUUAUUA